AUGGAAGAUGGUGAUUAUUUAGGUGCUUACGAACGGUUUUUCAACGAAUUUGUGAGACGAAUUAAUCCAAAUGAUCAAUUACCAGUGAAAAUGUCAGGACAUGAGAUUAAUGGCGAGGAAGUCAUUGGUGAAGUAAUUGAUUUAAGUCUUCAGUAUCUUAACCAAAAAUACUGCCCACCUAGCUUACAAUCAUUUAUAGUUUGCUUGGUUAUUGAAGAAAUGAAACCAAUUUUCAAAAAUCAACCAGAAAUUUGCGGCUUGCGACCAGAAAAAAAUACUUAUGCUCCACUGAAGUUAAUGCAAGCAGUAACUAAAAAGAUUAAUGAAAUUUGUCAACGUUAUUUAGAAAAUAGUAGGCUAGCUCUGCUACCGCCACCACCGUCUACACCUUUUCCUAUCACUUCAGUUUUUGCAAUAAAAAAUAAUAGACGGAAAAUGGAAGAUAGACAUGUGGUACUGCAUGAUUUAAAUACUAUUUUUAAAAUAGACGAUGACUAUCCAGCUAGUUAUUAUGCAGUUUUUGAUGGACACGCGGGUCAAGAUGCCGCUGUUUAUUGUGCGACACAUCUUCAUCAGUAUUUAGCAGAAAGCAUUUAUUAUCCAUCAAACAUAGAACAUGCUUUACGUGAUGCUUUUAUCACAACUGAUGCUCACUUUAUUCAAAAGUGUAAGAAACAUGCUCUAAGUAGUGGAACUACAGCUGUUUGUGCAAUAAUCUCGAACAAAAAGUUUUAUGUUGCUUGGGUAGGCGAUUCUCAAGCUGUUCUUGUGAAACGUAAUAAUGUUAAGCAGCUCGUAAAUUCGCACAGGCCAGAUAGA